AAGUACUCGAAACUCAAAAAAAGCAUUCCGUGUAGUUGCAGUCUCGUUAUGUUUGAAGUCUCUCGUCGUCCUCCUCCUCCUCCUCCCCUGAGAUUUGAAACCUAAACACAAACUCUCUUCUUCUUCCUUAAACAUUCAACACCUUCUAUUCUCUUCUUUUCUUUCUGGGCUUAAUCAAAUUCCAAGAUGCAAAUUUCAAAUUGUGCUGCUGUUACAUUGUUGGCUUUUUUAUUGAGCCUACAAGGAGCUUUUGGGAUCAGAUUUGUGAUCGACAGAGAUGAAUGCUUCUCUCAUAAUGUUUUGUAUGAAGGAGAUACUGUCCACCUCUCUUUUGUUGUAAUUAAGGUUGAUGCAUCUUGGCAUUAUACUCAAGACGGUGUUGAUCUCCUGGUGAAGGGGCCUUCUGGUGAGCAGAUACAUGAGUUUCGUGAUAAGACAAGCGAGAAAUUCGAGUUUGUCACUCGUCACAAAGGAAUCCAUCAGUUUUGUUUCACCAACAAGUCACCUUAUCAUGAAACCAUAGACUUUGACUUACAUGUCAGCCAUUUUACAUACUAUGAUCAGCAUGCAAAAGAUGAGCAUUUUAACCCUUUGUUAGAUCAGAUAACAAAGUUAGAGGAAGCUCUUUACAACAUUCAGUUUGAGCAGCAUUGGCUUGAGGCUCAGACCGAACGCCAGGCAAUAGUGAACGACGCAAUGAGCCGGAGGGCGAUUCACAAGGCCUUUUUUGAAUCAGCAGGACUUGUUGGUGCCAGUGUUCUCCAAGUUUACCUUCUUCGCCGCCUCUUUGAACGGAAGCUUGGGAUGUCCAGAGUCUGACCUUUUUACAGCCAACCCCAGGAUUUGCACCUAACUAUCCAGUAGUUAAUUUUAUACUUGAUUGUUAUUCCAUGCUUCUGCCUUCUGCCUUGUUCUCAUUUCUAUUUUGUCCAGCAAGAAUAAUCCAUGUAUAGAAACCAUCAGUUUGGAAAUUUUAAUCCAGUCACUUUUUUCUUGUGGAAUCCUUGAUUUUACACUAGUUCA